UUCUUGUCGUCGAGCCGAAUAUCAGGUCAAAAGAGGUUGAAGAGGUCGACGAUCCACGCCGAACACCCACGAGGUGGUAGAGAUUUUUGGCGUGGUUAGGGUACUGUUGUAAUAUUUGAAUUUUGUUUUUUCUACAAGUGGCUAAUUGUUUUGCCGCACAACUCUGAAUUGUGCAGAUUAAAAAAGAAAGCGACGAAUAAUCAGGGUGAAUGAAUGUACAAGAGUUCACGAAUUUGAGAUGGCUGAGGCUCCUAAAUAUUAUGGAAAAAACCGUAGUAUCAUUAGAAGAAUUGGUUCAUUUUUACCCUUAAAACCACUCCCCAAAAUCUAUGUCAGCGUUACAGCUUUACAUUCGAUGACCAGUUCUAUGAUUGAUGAUGACCCAAAUUGCAAUACUAAUGAUACAGACGGAUUGGGGUUAGGAAGCGGACGAUUGUCUGGUAGCAAACCAGAUUUAUUGGAAACAAUUAGUUUUGGUUCUGAAGUGAGAUUGCUCGCUUUGGAACAAGAGCUCCAAGAAAUGAGGGAAAAAAUAGCAACAAUUGUACAGCACAUCAAACACACUGACGCCCCCAAUGGUAUAUCAAACUCUCAAAAUACACACACGACUGAUCCUCCACGUCCACCACCUCCACCACCACCAUUACCUCCACCUAGUACGCCACACAUAGCUAGAAGAGCUAGUCUACAGGAUCACACAUCUUCUGAUUGGCAAAAACCACCGUUACAACAACAAAAAUCAAUGGGAGACAUACUAAAGGAAAUGGAUAAGGUUAAAUUGAAACCAGUGGCAAGAUCGCCAGGUGGAAGACCUCUUCGGUCCAAGCGGGAAAGCACUCCGAAUAAUGAUCUGCAGGAAAUUUUAAGGAAACGUUACAGCGUUGUACAAGUUGACUCACCGAAUAGCAAAAACACAUCCCUUUCAACCCACGACGACUCUUUUACGAAUUAAUUAGCCUCUGAAAUUUGAUAUUCAUUGUAAAAAAAGAGGAAUACUCUGUGAGUAUUGUUGAACGUCGAGUUGAAGGUAGCGGCUUACGUCCAAUUUUCUUCAGUAAUCUAUAGACUAAUAUAGAAUUUGUUACGCUUCGGAGGAUUACUUUAUCUGCCAAAGAGGGGUGCUGUUUCUUGUACGUGAUAUUAAUUACAUAUUCCUGCGAUCUUUCUACCUAUUUUAAUUUUAAUUUUCUCUCGUGUAAGUCACAUUAUUCCCCCCUUUUCUUCACUUCACUUUUCUUUUUGUUGUACUUGAAGAAGUUAGGCAAUAUUUAGAAUCGCACAGAUCUGAUGACUAAUGGAAAAUGCACGAAAUGAAGUUGCUCAUUGUUUUAACCAAACACUUUUUCAGAUGUGAAUAAUUUUGAAUGUAUAAUACGCACUGAGCAACAUAAAACAAACCUACCGCAUAUUAACAAAUAUGAGACUAUGAUGAAAUUGUGAAAUUUACAGGUUAUGAUUAAAGGUAGGACGGUUAUUGCUCUAGGUUUUGGAGACUGAUUACUAUCAUCGAAUGUAGAUGUGGAAGCGUGUUUUGUACCCGAGGCUUUUACCAACAAUGCGAAAAUAAAAAGUUAUCGUUACAUAAA